AUGCGUACAGGAGCCGCGGUGCGGCCGUCGGCUGGCGUGGUAACUCUAGCGUUGUCCCCAUUUGUACCCGCAGCGGCACUCUUGGGAGCCCGGUUUCGAGCUGAAUCUAGUUGCCUCCUUCCAGACUCCAAUGGCAAUCUUGACCCCGAAGCGCCAUCACCCGCUAACAUGGGGAGGCGGCGCUCCAGGGCCGUUCUUUACCAGCUUUCAGGACAUUACAAACCGGAUAAAAUGAAGACAAAAUUAAAACUCAACAAUGUCAGUAAGAAUCUGCUACACUCGUCCGAUCCACCGCUUCCAGAAUACAAAACGUCUGCUAUAAAAAAGUCUAAAUUUAUUAUCUCGCAUUAUGGUGUUUUUAAAACCUUCUGGGAUUGGUUAAUCCUAAUAGCAACGUUUUAUGUUGCGGUUGUUGUCCCGUAUAAUGCCAGUUUCGUUGACGAGGGGCAUCCAAGAAUAAGCGUCACAAGCGAUGUUAUUGUGGAAGCACUUUUUAUUAUAGAUAUUGUCCUCAACUUUCGCACGACGUUUGUAAGCAAGAAAGGAGAAGUGGUGUCAGACUCAAAGGCAAUAGCUCUUAAUUAUAUACGAUCUUGGUUCGUGGUUGAUCUCCUGGCCGCGCUCCCUUUUGACCUACUUUACGCAUCAGAUGUAUACAGUAAGGAAUCGACGCAUGGUAACGUUCACCUCGUCAAAUUAACCCGUCUAUUGCGACUGGCCCGACUUUUACAGAAAAUGGACCGGUAUUCACAAUAUUCAGCUUUGAUUCUUACACUACUUAUGCUUUCGUUCACGUUAUUGGCGCAUUGGCUUGCUUGUAUAUGGUUUAUUAUAGCCGAGAAAGAGAUUGAGCAUCAUAAAAAUGAAAGUUGGGAUUUGGGAUGGAUCAAUAAUUUAGCUGAGAGGUUGAAAAUCCCAAUAGGAAAUAUAUCACACAGCGAGAGCUAUGUAACAGCAUUGUACUUCACAUGUUCGUCACUAACCAGUGUGGGUUUUGGGAACGUGUCUGCAAACACUCUGCCGGAGAAAAUCUUCAGCAUAUUGGUUAUGCUUGUUGGAGCUCUGAUGCACGCGGUGGUAUUCGGUAAUGUCACGGCCAUCAUACAGAGGAUGUACUCACGUCGAUCCAUGUAUCAAAGCAAGUGGCGAGAUCUGAAGGACUUCCUAACAAUCAACCAAGUCCCCAAGGAACUCAAGCAGCGCAUGCAAGACUAUUUUCAGACGAUGUGGUCUCUCAACCAUGGAAUUGAUAUACAUGAGACCCUGAAAGAAUUCCCUGAAGAACUAAGAGGCGACGUAUCACUACAUUUACAUAGAGAAAUCCUGUCUCUUCCCAUAUUCGAGUCAGCGUCGCAAGGCUGCCUCAAACUCCUAUCUCUACAUAUAAGGAACAAUUUCUGUGCACCAGGCGAAUAUCUCGUUCACAAAGGCGACGCGUUGUCAUACAUUCACUAUAUUUGUAACGGCUCAAUGGAGGUGAUGCAGAACGAUAUGGUUGUUGCAAUAUUGGGAAAGGGAGAUUUGGUGGGGUGUGACAUGAACACACACCUACAAGCCUACAACGGGACCGGAACAACACAGUCGAAUAACGCCGACGUAGUUGUCAAAUCAAGCAGCGACGUAAAGGCCCUCACAUACUGUGAUCUUAAGUGCAUUAACAUGAUUGGCCUAGCUGAAGUGUUACGGCUGUAUCCGGAAUAUCAGCAAGAGUUUAUACACGAUAUACAACAUGACCUGACAUAUAACCUGCGGGAGGGCUAUGAAGCCGAACCGGACUCUGAUGGCAACGGUCAUCCAUCUCUAACGCUACCUUCGAUAUCUGAAGACGAUGAGAACGCUGCUGAGGAUCAAACACUAUCUCCUAAAAAGCCUUUAGUUUCUAGCACUAGUAGUCCACGUCACGCGCGUUUCAGAUCGGACGGACAAGCUCGAUUAUCACAUAGGGAAUUACGUGAGAGAAUUGAGCGACAACGUUCCGUAGCAACGCCAAAGAUGUCGAGAGCCGAUUCUUUGGAAGGUUUAAAUUUAGAAAUACGUUCGUCUGUAGAAAGACUCGAUACACAGGUGUCCAGUUUACAUCAUGACGUCGCCGCUCUGAGCAUGGAGGUACGAAACGCAAUUCAGGCUCUACAGGAAAUGACUGGUCCCGUGUGGCAUGCAGCGCAUUCCAAUCCCAAUUUACAGUGGAAUGCGCCUCCAAACCAGCUCGCUCGCAGUUGCAGUCAUCCGCCUGACGUAUUUUGUUGGGAUCAGCAAGAAAGGCCAAGCACCCCGGAACGGCCAAAAAUAAACCGAUGUACGCAAACGGAUCCUUUCUUAAACUGUGUUACACAAUAUAUCAUUGAACAUCCGGCGACGGUUAUGUUACUCCUUGGCUUGGAUCCUAUGGCCAACCUGACACCAGUCAUGACGCCACCCGUUCCAUACUACGAUACACAGGGUAGACGACCAAGUGGAUUAGAACAGAUUGCAGAGUCAGAAAACGGUAGCCAGUCUCCGUCCAGUACUGUCGAAUCCUGCGCAAGUCCCACCGGAAGUGUCAAAUGCAAUGUGCCAGAGACAAAAAAGUUUUCCGAUAAAGACUCUAAAGGAAUAAGACGGAAUAGGUAUUCCGCUAGUGAUAUAUGUGAAGUGACUGAACGAUUGCUCCCGACAAAAGCGGCAAAUCAAAGUACAUACAGUCUCAAAAAUAAUAACUGUUAA